UGCGAUUCCCGCUGACUGACACUCCAAACGUUCCGAAGGCCUGAAGCUCCCUCAGUCCCUCCAGCCCAUUUACCAACCUUCUAAACUCUUCGAGGCCGGCAUAUCUCACGCUUUUAUUGCCAUCAUUAUUUUAUCGAUCUCAGUCUCACUCUCAGAAGUUGUGUUGAUUAUAACUUCACCCACCCCCACCUUCUUACCAGACUCCAUACUUCCAAAAUUACGACGCGCGCAGCAUGGCUUGAGCCACCAUGACUGUUGUUAGUGCCGGUGUCGACAGAUCAAUUUGGAACUACGAUAGCUGUUGAUCUGCCUUGAUAUUUUUGAAGCCCUUAUACCCUACAGGGGUCUUCAGUCCUAAUUGAACUUCUCCCACGAGGAUCUUCUGAUCCCGAUUACGGCCCAAUCGCGGAGUCCAACACACCGUCGCAAUGUCCCACAAUUUUGAGAAAUCGGUAAAGGGGGCCACCAAAAUUAAGCUCGCGGCCCCUAAAUCUAAAUACAUAGAGCACAUCCUAGUAGCGACCCAUACAGGAGAAGCGGGAGUAGCAGAAAUAUUUCGAACAAUUCAGCUUCGGCUACGCGACUCAACAUGGACGAUAGUCUUCAAAGCCCUCAUUGUCAUACAUAUCAUGGUAAGGGAGGGGCAAUUGGACGCUACACUACAGUAUAUGGCAGAGAACCCGAGGAAGCUUGCAAUAAGCGGAUUUUCAGAAGUUCAGUCACAGGGACAUAACAUCCGGAGAUACUCCGAUUACCUAGUCGCGCGCGCAAAUGCAUUCGAGGCUACCAAAACGGAUUAUGUACGAAGCGGGCAGGGACGUAUGAAGAGAUUGACGGUAGAAAAGGGCCUCUUGAGGGAAACGGAGAUUGUACAAAGACAGAUCCAUGCGCUGUUACAGUGUGAUCUUCUGACAGAUGAAGUUGAGAACGAGAUUACGUUAACGGCCUUUCGCCUGCUCACAUUGGAUCUCCUGACGCUUUACUCAGUCAUGAACGAGGGCACGAUCAACGUUUUGGAGCAUUACUUCGAAAUGUCGCGGCCUGAUAGCGAGCGUGCACUGGAGAUUUAUAAGACUUUUACCCAACAAACAGAGGAGGUCGUGAAAUUCCUAGGUGUCGCUAGACAUUUCCAAGCAGCAACACGGCUAGAAAUACCCAAGCUGAAGCACGCCUCUACCGACCUAACUCGACUCCUUGAAGACGACCUUAAUGACCCGGAUUUUGAUCAGCGACGAAGAGAAUAUUUACUGCGAAAGGGAGGAAAGAGCGGCAACCCGGGUCAGACAUUCGCAUCCAGCAACACGGCUGGAGCAGGAAGUAGGUCUGUCAGCAAUCCUGAACCACCUCGACCCCACACACAACCUGCUCCGCAAAAGAAAGAGAACCCAGCGAACUUGAUCGAUUUCUUCGACUCGAUCGAUCCACAACCCCCAGCACAACAGAACCCUAUGCAGCUACCACAUCUACAGCAGCAAGCGCAAGCGAUGCAAUUCCAACAGACAGGCUUCCACCCGCAACAGCCAGCGUUCUACCCCCAACAAACUGGGUUUCAACAACAGGCGCAGCCGACCGGCUUUGGCCAGGUUAUGCCAACUGGGGAUCCAUUUGCACAGCAAAGUACCAAUCCAUUCGGUCAACAGCAAGCUCAGCAGCCACAGCCACUUCAGUCAACGCCAACUGGUGCGGGAUUUGGUGGUUACUCAGCGCAGCCGCAGACAUAUGGAUUCCAGCAGAAUCUUGCCCCUGUUCACCAGAACAAUCUUACGCCAUUUCCUCAGCAACAGCAAUCAAUGUCCGGUGCGCAGUUGCAACCGCAAAUAACGAACCCCUUCAGGCAGUCGAUGUUACUGAGUACCCCAACCGGAACCGGCAUGCCGGCAUCUUCACUGAACCGCCAGAGCACAAACCCUUUUGCACGACGGCUGUCAAGCGCCAACCCGCCGCAAUUCGACGCCAGUACGCCGCCGCCACAGCAACCGCCUCCGCAGUCAGCGCCGUCACUACAACCCCAACGAACGGGGACUAAUCCUUUUGCUCGAAGCUCUUCGGUCCCUCCGCAGCAGUCACAGGGCCUGCAGCCUCCUGCGCCGGCGCCUCUGCGGCCCAAUCCCACUGGAAGCACGAACCCUUUCCGCCAAAGUGCCUUUGUCAACCAACAGACUGGUCAGGGGUGGCAUGUCGGUGGUCAGCAAGGGACGAUGGGCGGUUAUGAGCAGCUGGAAACUGUGCCUGUGUUUCCGCGGCCCGGAAUGUAAUGUCCCCAUUGCGGUCUAGACGGCCGUGGCACUUAUAUCGGGAUAUUCUUAACCCCCGCAGUUCCUUCUUGUUCAUAUUCUCUCCUACAUGGGUCGUUCAGUUAUUGUGUUCGUUUUCAGCAUACGAUGGUGAGCUCGCAGCGCGGGCCUGGCUGCCAAAUCUUGUAGCGAUAGCCAACAUUAGUGACUAGGGCAUGUAAUAAGACUUUGUAGAUUUUUUUUUUUGCGACCGUGCUGCGAGUAGCGGGGUGUUGAGAGUCGUCGUAGCCCUUUCGCUGAACCUCCU